UUACACACCUCCUCUGUGAGAGACUUCAGGAGUUCGGUUUCGGUGCGCACGUUGAAAUAACACCUCUGCUAACUUCACGUCUAUUUCUAUACCCAUGUUAGUUACUCUUUAGUUGUCUACGGCAAAAAUGACUCUUCCCUACAGCCAAACCGUAACUACUCUCAAAAGGGUCACCGUCGCGGAACCGACGUCACCAACUUUUAUCCCGACUUCUCCGGUCGGUAUAAACGAUGGCACUACGACUUACCGAACGGUAAAUAUUAGCGGAGCUCAGAUGCAGCCGGUCGGGAUAAACGAUGGCACGACGACUUACCGAACGGUAAACAUUGCCGGAGGUCAACUCCAGCCGAUCCAGUACAUAAACAGCGGGAUGGACGGGACCAUGAUGUACGGGGGCGCGCGUUACCUGGUGCCCGUACAGCAGCGCCAGGAGUCUGUCAUGCUCGUGAGUCAGGCGCCGCGCAUCGCGUACGUACAAAGCGUGCAGCCGGUGACCGUCGAGACUGACAUCUACAGACAAGAAUCAAUAAAUGGACAAUCUUCAUCUGUCUCCAGCCCGGUCAAGAGCCCCGAACCCUUAGAGUCAGAGACAACGGAGACCUCCAGCAUCCAUGAGGAGUACGUGGAGAGAAAUGUGAAGAACACUCAUAUCAACACAGAGGUCGUCGAGGUGGACCAGGUGGAAAAGAUGGACAACCGCUUCUUUGGCGAGCUUCUUGCUGAGGUCUACCGCAAGAACAUUGACAUUCACACCUGCAUCUCCGAUCAUGUGUCCAAGAUCCGUGGAAGGAAACACCUUUUGGACCCCACCAUUGACUACAAGGUGGAGAAAGAAGAAAUAGAGGCGCUUAUACCAAAAGGAGCGUCUGAACUGACUAAGCAACAGAUCCGCUACCUGCUGCAGACCCGUCUGACGGCUGAUAAGGCCAUGCGGCUGUUGUUGACCACAUUCAGUAGCCUGAGAGAGGAGCUGGUGCACCUGCAGGACGAUCUGAGGCGGUUGGAGAGUGAAAAGGAGGGGUUGGAGAGAGAUCUGAGCUUUAAAGCAGAUCAGGCUUCCCAGUACGACAGACUACUGGAGACCGUCCGUGAACACAACAGACAACUGCAGAUGGCUGUAAAAGAGAGUAACAAUGCUCAACGUGCUCUCGAGAGUCAGGUAAUGGACUUCCAGAGCAAAGAUCCCAGCAAAGACUACCAGAUCAAAGAGCUUGAGAGCAACAGGAGAGCUCUUGAACAGGAGAAUGAAAUUCUGAGGAAGAAGUUGGCAGGACAGGGCAGCAGUUCCGGUCUUGAGGUCAAAACACAGGAGCUGUCCAGACAGUAUGAACAGAUGCUGAAGGAUCUACGAGAGGAGAAGGAGAGAGAACUCAAGAGCAUGCGGUCUCAGCUGGUAAAGAUCCAGACAGAGCGGACCAUAACACAAACCACUGACACCAGCGGCUUGGAAAUGCGCAUCAAAGAGCUUAUUUCUAAACUGGAACUGCGUGAAACUACCAUCAAACAGCAGGAGGAGGAGAUCAGACGACUCAGAAUGCAGAAGACUGACAGUAGUAGUCACUCUAGUAACAGCACGAGCCAAACCAUUGUUACCAAGAGAUACCAAACCCAGUAUCCUAUUCUGGGUCUGCUGAAUGAUGAUUAUAAGUACACAGCGCCUAUUAAAGAGGACAGAACCAUUGUCUUCCAGACGACGGGGGAGUCGAUCAAGCGGUACUGAACAGGAAGAUGUCCAAGACCCUCCCCAAAACCCCAUUCUUUACCUGUCUGCCUGCACACAGCCCAUUCCCUUUUCCCAAUAGCUCUUAAUGAUGCUGAUGGAAUUUGAUAAUGCAUUUACAGCACACUCGGACCAAAAAAGGACCAGAACAACAUCUGACAGUCUGACUGGGUUUGAAUUAAAGGCUGCCCUUAAAUCGCUGGUUACUUUAAUCCUACUGUAGCUUAUUUGUUGUUGACUGAGGGUUGUAUUAACGCUCAUUUUGCAGACGCUUUGCAUCCUCACUUCAUAUCAACCAUCAGAACCUUAAGGAGCCUUCGGUUAACACUACUGAAAUCGUAUAUAUUAGGAGAAAUGGUUUGCAUGUAUUAUAUAACUUCAUUGGAAAAAAGUAUUGUCGGCUAUGUAAAUGGUGGUUGAAGGUCAUGUUAGGUUUCUUUUAAUUCAUUUAGUUUUACUAAUUUUGACUUCUUUAAGCAAUGUUGGAGAGAGGAUGCUUUAUCUAGUGGGAUGCUAUCUAAAGGGAUGCAUGUAUGUAUAAGUGGUCAAUGGAUAUAGAUUUUUUUUAAUGGCCCAUGUCGAUAUCUCUAUAGCACUUUACCAAAAGAAUAAGCAAAACAUUACAAUUAUUUUGUAUAAAAAAAUCUGAUACAUUGACAAAGCUGUUGAUUGGUACUGACACAAGGGGGCGCUAACACUACUGUUAAUUGGUAAAAGGGUAUCGCUGUAGAGUGCCACAGGAAUGACAUGUUUGUAGUCAAAACCCAAAAGCAAAUUAGCAUUUUAGCACUUCCUAAAUGCAACAUGGGCACCAGUGUCCCGAUGAAUUCGGGUUGGCCUACAAAAAUAGGUUAUCCCUGUGGCACUCUAUUAAGGGUUAUCUAGCUGAUACAUCUGUAGACCACUAAUAUGCAGUGUAAGCUGGUGAGGGGUUUUACUAGUUUUAAAUGGUUUAUACUGCAUGGGGUUAUUGCGUUGGGUGUAAUAUAUCCAGUCUCAAACUGGAUAGAAGAGGUCACUGCUGUACUUCUGUUUUGAUCUGCCCAUUUUCAGUGUUUUUCUACUGUUUUAUUUUACGUAAUGGGAAAUCUUGAUGGGACAUUCUGUAAUUUACGAGUGUUGAGUUUUCCUUCAUUACAAGUGGAUGUCAAAAUUUUCAUUUUGCUCUAGUUAGUGGUCUGUAACUAUAGAGCUAUGUCUUAAUGGCUACAAACUAUGUAGCAAUAAUGUUAGCUUUAAAUCAUACAAAACUUAAUGGACUUUUUGUAGCAUUUCGCUAGACUUUUUAAAAUACCUCAGUGAGACUUAAGAAUCCAUACAUUUAUUCUCAGUUCUUCUCUUUAAAUCUUUAAACAACACUGUUAUUAAAGAAAAUAAAAUGUCUGAUGUGUGAUAUCCUGACCAAAUGCUACUUUUAUUAAAGAAUGUUGGAGUGGCCCUUUAAAUUCAGAAACUUUAUAAAAACACUGUUGCAUCUGCAGCAUCAGCUGUUUUAUAGAUCGAAUGUAACAUUUUAUAGUGUGCUUGAAAUAAAGAAUAUUUUCUUUCUCUUGA